AUGCUGCCUGGGAGAGCGGCUGAUGUCCGGCACUGCGUCCUGACGAGCCGCUGGCUGCCUGCAGCUCUGGCGCUGCUCCUCCUCCUCUCCUCCAGCCUCAGUAGCGCUCACAGCACCACGGUGGAGCACGACUUCCACAUUGUUCACAAUGUCGACAACAGAAGUCCGGAGAUAGACCCAUUCUGGUACGUGGGCCGUGGGGUGAGACCCAUCGGGCGCUUCGGGAAGAGGCACAGCAGCGUGGAGGCUCUGGGCAGCGGGGGGAUGCAGCCGGUCGUCAGGACGUUGGCGCUGCUGCUCAACAGCCUCAGAAACAAGGAGAACCUCGGGAACGUGCUGGACGGGGAGGACAGGGAUUGGCUACCAUGA